CCAUAUAGCCUGCGCUUCGCGAACGAUUAGUGGGUCACUUUCACGCAGCAAGGCAGCAUUUUAGGUCCUCAUCAGCCCGGCCUCGACGGAACUUGCAUUCCAGCCGAAGCGACUCCUUUUGUUGCAAGACCGUGUUAUAAUUUCACGCUAAUAAUUCAACUGGUGCGCUGAAAUCAGUCGCACUGUGUUUUCUUCUAUCGCGUGAUCGAUCGGUCGUCGUCGCGCGGCUCUGUGGCGUCAGCGAUUGAUCGCUCGCGUCGCGCGCGCGCGUGCGUGCGUGCGUACGUGACAGCUGGACGAACUGAGCGCGAGCAACUUUCGAAUCGAUGUUUGGGAAUUCGAAACGGUCGGAUUCUCUAACGGCUCUUUUCAGGACCUCGGUCAGUUCCCCGGAGGAGAAAAAAAACGGACCCUAUGGCAAAGGCGCGGAAAAACGUCAGUCAUGUUUUAUCCUCAGCCUGUUCCCGCGUGAGUUAGGCGCUCGUUUUGAACGGCGAGGUCUCCGGACCGGACUGGAAAUCGUCUUAUGAGGUUUUGGGAACAACUGGAAUUUCAAGAUGAUGAUCACGCGCUACAGACCGAGACCCGAUACCACCAUGUCCUUGGCGUUCUGCGGCAACGACAACAACUCGGCCGCUUACAACGUGGACGGCGGUGUCCUCAACAACGGCUGCUUCCUGGACGCCCUCACAGUGGUGCCGCACGUCUUCCUGCUCUUCAUCACAUUUCCUAUCCUCUUCAUCGGUUGGGGGAGUCAGAGUUCCAAGGUGCACAUUCAUCACAGCACUUGGCUGCACUUCCCCGGACACAACCUCCGCUGGAUCCUCACCUUCAUCCUGCUCUUCAUCAUCGUCUGUGAAAUAGCCGAGGGCAUCGUGUCCGACGGGUUUAAUCAGUCGGUCCACCUGCACCUCUAUAUGCCAUCAUGUUUGGCCUUCAUGGCCGCCAUCACGUCAAUCAUCUACUACCACAACAUAGAGACCUCCAACUUCCCCAAACUACUGAUGACUCUGCUCAUUUACUGGGUUCUGGCGUUUGUCUCUAAAACGAUCAAGUUUGCCAAGUACACAGAGCACGGCAUCGGCCUGAGACAGCUGCGUUUCGGCAUCACAGGUUUACUGACGCUGCUGUACGGCCUGCUGUUGGCCGUGGAGAUCAACGUCAUCCUGAGGAGGCGAUAUAUGUGUUUCGCACACCCCACCGAAGUGAAGCCCCCGGAGGACCUACAGGACCUGGGGGUUCGAUUCCUGCAGCCGUUCGUGAACCUGCUGUCCAAAAGCACAUACUGGUGGAUGAACACCUUCAUCACCGCAGCACACAGACGUCCCAUCGAUCUGAAGGUCAUCGGCAAGCUACCAAUCGCUAUGAGAGCUCUAACUAACUACCUGAAGCUCCGCGAGGCCUUUGAAGCUCAGAAGAGGCCUCAAGGCAUUCAGCCGCAAGGGCCCAAGUGGAUCUGGACGGCUUUGAGACAGGCUUUCGGAAAACCUCUUCUCCUCAGCAUCACCUACCGUUUCAUGGCAGACCUUCUCGGCUUUGCUGGGCCGCUCUGCAUCUCCGGCAUCGUGCAUCAUCUCAGUAAAGAGAACCACACCAUUCAGCCACCGGUGAAGCACCUCGGAAUCUACUUCAUCUCCUCCCAGGAGUUUCUCGCUAACGCCUACGUCCUCGCUGUUCUCCUGUUCUUCGCUCUGCUCCUCCAGAGGACUUUCCUCCAGGCCUCCUACUACGUUGCUAUCGAGACUGGAAUCAAUCUGAGGGGAGCCAUUCAGACAAAGAUCUUCAAUAAAAUAAUGCGUCUCUGCACCUCCAACAUGUCCAUGGGGGGAAUGACAGUGGGCCAGAUCUGUAACCUCGUCGCUGUGGACACCAAUCAGCUGAUGUGGUUCUUCUUCCUGUGUCCCAACCUGUUCGCGAUGCCAGUUCAGAUCAUAGUAGGAAUCAUCCUCCUCUACUACCUCCUGGGAAUAAGUGCCUUGAUAGGGGCCACGGUCAUCACCCUCCUGGCUCCGGUGCAGUACUUUGUGGCGACCAAGUUAUCAGAUGCACAGAAAAGCACAUUGGAAUAUUCCAGCCAGCGGCUGAAGAAGACCAAUGAGCUCCUGCGGGGUAUCAAGCUCUUGAAGCUGUAUGCCUGGGAGCACAUCUUCUGCUCGAGCGUGGAGGAGACCCGAGGCAAAGAGCUCACCAGCCUGCAGACCUUUGCCCUCUACACCUCCAUAUCCAUAUUCAUGAACACAGCUAUUCCCAUCGCGGCGGUUCUCGUUACGUUCGUGGCUCACGUUCACCUGUCGGACGACGCAGAUCUGUCUCCUGCCGUAGCCUUCGCCUCUCUCUCGCUCUUCCACAUCCUGGUCACUCCUCUCUUCCUGCUGUCCAGCGUCGUCCGCUCCACCGUCAAAGCCCUGGUCAGUGUUCAGAAGCUCAGCGAGUUUUUUUCCUGUGAUGAGAUUGGAGGUGAACAGGAGCCUAGAGCGACUGUCCUGCCCAAUUCGACCAAUCAUAACAAGUAUCAAGCCCUGCCUCUGAAGGUGGUGAACCGUAAGCGACCCGUCAGAGAAGACUGGAACAGCUUCGCCCUUCAGAGCGAGCAGGAGGAUGAGCCGCUGGCGGUGGAAGAUGAAGAUAUCUGCAUCAAGAUCGCGAAUGGAUAUUUCAGCUGGACUGAUGGAACCCCAACCUUGUCCAAUGUGAAUAUUAAGAUUCCUUUUGGUCAGUUAACUAUGAUAGUGGGCCAGGUGGGUUGUGGGAAAUCGUCUCUGUUGUUGGCCGCACUGGAUGAAAUGCAGAAGAUCUCCGGCACCGUGAUGUGGAACAGACUGCCCACUCUGGAUGAUGAAGGAAAUGAAAGCCCCACAGAUGCAGCUGCAGAUGGAGAUAUCAGGAAAAGAGGUGCUGUGGCAUACGCUUCCCAGAAGCCCUGGCUCCUAAACACCACGCUAGCGGAGAACAUCACUUUCGAGAUGCCUUUAAUAAAGCAAAGGUACAGAACGGUAAUUGAAGCAUGCUCUCUCCAGCCGGACAUUGACAUCCUGCCCCAGGGGGACCAGACGGAGAUCGGAGAGAGGGGCAUUAUUCUUUCCGGAGGCCAGAGGCAGCGCAUCGGCGUCGCUCGAGCUCUUUAUCAGACCACCAAUGUUGUGUUCCUGGACGAUCCAUUCUCGGCGCUGGACAUUCACCUGAGCGAUCACCUGAUGCAGGAGGGCAUUCUGAAACUAUUGAGGGAGGAAAAGAGGACGGUGGUGCUCGUGACACACAAACUACAGUACCUCCCGCACGCAGAUUGGAUCAUUGCAAUGAAGGAUGGCAGCAUACAGACAGAAGGGACGUUGAAAGACAUCCAAAAUUCUCAGCCUGAGCUCUUCGAGCAGUGGAAGACUCUGAUGCACAGACAAGACAAAGAAUUUGAGAAGGAGACAGUAGAUGAAAAUAUGACUGUGCUAGAAAGAAAAAACUUGAGGCGAGCCAUGUACUCCAGAGAGGCUUUGAAGACUGAGGAGGAAGAUGAAGAACAGUCUGUGGAGAGUGAUGAAGAAGAUAACCUGUCUCAAGUGAUGAGGCACAGAGCCACUAUCCCAUGGAGAUCCUGUGGGACGUACCUGAGCUCUGCAGGCCUCCUGCUGCUCCUCCUGCUCCUGCUGUCCCAGCUCCUCAAACACUCUCUUUUGGUGGCCAUCGACUACUGGCUCGCUCACUGGACGUCCAAAGUCAUCACUGCCAAAAUCGAUGCAGCUGCACACAACUGCUCCCUAGUGCAGGACUUGGGUUUCAGUCACUCGUCAUACCUGCUGGUGUUCAGUCUGCUGUGCUGUCUGGGUAUAGUACUGUGUCUGGCCACAUCGGUGGCUGUGGAGUGGACAGGCCUGCGCGUGGCCAAAGAACUCCACCACAAUCUGCUCAAUAAUAUUAUUCUUGCUCCAAUGAGGCUCUUUGAAACAACUCCUUUAGCAAGUAUAUUAAACCGUUUCUCUUCUGACACCAAUACAAUAGAUCAGCACAUUCCCUCCACUCUGGAGUGUUUGAGUCGCUCAACGCUGCUGUGUGUAUCAGCUCUGGGUGUGAUCUCAUACGUUACGCCGGUUUUCCUCAUCGUAGUCGCACCGCUGGCCAUCGCCUGCUACUUCAUCCAGAAAUACUUCAGAGUAGCAUCAAAAGAUCUCCAGCAGCUUGAAGACAGCACUCAGCUUCCUCUGCUCUCACACUUCUCUGAGACAGUAGAGGGGCUCACAACCAUCAGAGCGUUCAGGUAUGAGCCUAGAUUCAGACAGAGACUUCUAGAGUUCACAGAUGCCAAUAACAUGGCCUCUCUCUUCCUCACAGCGGCCAACCGCUGGCUGGAGGUUAGAAUGGAGUACAUCGGGGCUUGUAUUGUUUUAAUAGCAGCUGUGGCGUCCAUCACAAACUCUCUGUACAAUCAUCUGUCCACGGGGCUGGUGGGGCUGGGACUCACAUACGCCCUCAUGGUGUCUAACUAUCUGAACUGGAUGGUGCGUAACCUGGCAGACAUGGAGGUACAGUUAGGAGCUGUGAAGAGGAUAAAAGCUCUGCUGAAAACUGAGCCUGAAAACUACGAGGGUCUGCUGUCGGCGUCUCAGGUCCAUGAGGGUUGGCCACAGCGGGGUGAGAUUCAGAUCCAGAAUCUGAGCGUGAGGUACGACAGCACCCUGAAGCCGGUCCUCAAACACGUCAAUGCCCACAUCAGCCCAGGACAGAAGGUUGGUAUCUGUGGUAGAACAGGAAGUGGCAAGUCGUCUUUUUCAUUAGCCUUUUUCCGGAUGGUGGACACAUUUGAAGGACGAAUAAUCAUCGAUGACAUCGAUAUAGCAAAGCUGCCUCUUCAGACGCUGAGGUCGCGCUUCUCUAUCAUUCUGCAAGAUCCCUUCUUAUUCAGCGGAACCAUCCGUUUUAAUCUAGACCCGGAGAUGAAGGCUACAGACAGCAUGCUGUGGGAGGCGUUAGAAAUCGCCCAGCUCAAGCCGGUAGUUAAAACCCUGCCGGGAGGACUAGAUGCUAUAAUAACUGAAGGUGGGGAGAACUUCAGCCAGGGGCAGCGUCAGCUCUUCUGUCUGGCUCGAGCGUUCGUGCGGAAGAGCAGUAUUCUGAUAAUGGACGAGGCCACUGCUUCCAUAGACAUGGCUACGGAGAGCAUUCUGCAGAAAGUAGUGAUGACUGCCUUCGCCGACAGGACUGUGGUCACCAUUGCUCACCGCGUGCACACCAUCCUGAACGCAGACCUGGUGAUUGUGAUGAAGAGAGGCGUCAUUCUGGAGUUUGAUAAACCAGAGGCUCUCCUCAAUCGAGAGGACAGUGUGUUUGCGUCGUUCGUGAGAGCCGACAAAUAAACCACCGACCCUCCACUGAAAGUGCAAUUGUACCACGAAUAAUGAAUAAUUUAUUACUGCGAUUAUCAUCACAUUUGUAAAUAAAAUGUUAAUCAUUUAUUAAUAAAAAUAUAUAAACAA